CCUGGAACCGUCCCGCAAGACCUAGAAGUGAGCGCGAAGAAAUCAAUCGCUUUACACUAGCUCGUUAAAAGAUAUUGGAUAUUGGACGUUAAAUGUCGUCCUUGAGGACGCGUUCGCUUAAAAGUAUAUCCCAAAUGCUGGGAUCUGAUUGAUUUUGGCUAUGGAGUUAGGGGCAUUUGAUAUAGACGCCAAAUUACUAGAGCAGUUUAGUGCACUUGGUACAACAGAUAAGGAAGAAUUGGUCAAUCAGCUCAGGGCGGUCAUUGGUAACGACUUACCGAAUGAAUCUUGCCGUUUUUUUCUAGAACUGGCCGAUUGGAACCUACAGCGAGCUAUUGGUGCUUAUUUCGAUUUCAGCUUCGAAGGAUCUCCAGCGGUGAAUUGCUCUCAUAGUAGCCCUCUUACAGACUGCAGCACAUUGGCGACUGUGGACAAUGUGCGCAUUGAUUCGGAAAAUCUAAUUGAUCGCAGGGAAUUCGAUGCGCGAAUAUGGCCAUCGCCAUAUGAUGCUUCAGAACUCGGAGAUGUCAUCAAAGUUACAAUAGAAAACUGUGGCGCUUGCACUUGGCCGGAAGGGACCUUUUUACGUUCUGAAUUGGACCAUACGGUUGCCAAACUGAAUAGUGUGUCUGUCGACGAUGGUCAAGUUCUCUGGCUUCCAAUCGGCGUAGAUGGCAGGAUACCUAUCCACCCACUACUACCAAAUCAGAUCGUAGAUCUGGUGUUAAAUGUUGCUCCUCCAAAUCUUCAGCUUAGUUAUCUGCAUCCAAUCGUCGGGGCAUUAUCCUUUUGUCUACCGAAUGGAGAGAGGUUCGGAGAAAUCCUGUACUGUACUGCUGUGCCUAGUUUGGGACACAUGACUUGGCGAUACCAAAGAGGCAUUCGGGGAAACAACAUGAGUACCGACCGAAAUAGUCCUAUGCUUCUGGAAGAUACUUGAAUUGCUGUCCAAUUGUAAGGAAACACAACUGUGAUAGACCGUGGUUCAACUUCAAACUUGUCGAUAUGUAUUUUUCUUGACUCCGAAGCCCAGGUAUUCAUGCCAACACUUAUUUUCAUUAUCGAAAUGAUUCCUUAUUGUGCAGAUAUAUAACUGAUUUGUGUUUUACUCAGCUUAACGUAGUUGAUACAAAUAUGAUAGCUGAUGCAUAAAUUCCAUAUAAAAUAUUCUUCAAAAAUAUCGCUGUUUUUGUUCUUAAUGUUUGUCUUCUCUACAGCGUGAUAAGUACGUUGUGAAAGAAAAAUUACUGAAGAUAU